AUGCCUCACUCAUUCGGUUACCGCGGUCGCACGCGCGACAUGUUCAAGCGAGGCUUCAAGCAGGCGGGACAGAUCAAGCUUUCGACUUUUAUGAAGGUCUACCGAGUUGGGGACAUCGUUGACAUCAAAGCUAACGGUGCCCAGCAGAAGGGUAUGCCUCACAAAUACUACCAUGGCCGUACUGGUAUUGUCUACAAUGUUGCCCCUCGAGCCGUUGGAGUAAUUGUCUACAAGGUCGUCGGAAACCGUUAUCUGGAAAAACGUGUCAACUUGCGCAUUGAACACGUCAAACACUCGAAGUGCCGUGAUGACUUUCUGCGACGAGUAAAAGAAAACGCCCGACUGAAGAAGGAGGCUAAGGAGAAGGGAGAGAAAGUGCAACUCAAGCGAUUGCCUGCCGGACCUCGAGAGGCCCACACCAUUUCUACCCAGUCAAACGCCCCUGUCACUUUGGCUCCUAUUCCUUACGACACCACCAUUUAA